AUGUUCUACUCGAACAAUUCACCUUCACUCAUUGCCGAACCUUGGUUUAUUCCAUUGGAUAUUUUUAUGAUCGUUUGUUCCAUAGUUGAUAUUCUACUAAAUCUUAUCUUCUUAGUCACCAUUCUACUUGAUCGAACAUAUCAUACAAUUCCCAUGAUUCUCAUUGUCAACUCAUGUCUAGCACAAGUUGUCUUAGUGCAAGCAAUCUACUUCUCAUUAGUGGAUCUGCAUUAUUUUCCUUGCACAUUUGCCGGUUACAUGACAUACGUGACUUGUGCAGUACUCAACUAUUUAUUUUUACUACAAGCAUUCUAUCGAUAUGUCAUAGUAGUUUAUCCAACACGUUGGCAUCACAUGGGCAUAUGCGCUGUUGUUUCCAUUGGUCUUCAUAUUCACUGGUCAGAUUGUAUGCAACGCUGA